CCUGUAUACUGCUCUGUCACUGGGAAAUUGAUGUCUGGCUUUGACCAGUUCAACAUUAAGAGAUCGCGAUGUGCUGUUCUGCAUAAGAAAAUGUGUUCUUUACUUACGGAAUGCUGUAUAACGUUACAUGCUUUUCGUCUCUAAAACUUAGCGUUUGCUGUUCACUUUGAAAAAAUUCCCAAGAUCCAACCGCAACAAAGUGGAAGCAGCAGCCACAGGGACACGGGGUGGCUCUACUGACAUAGUCAUCAUGCUGGCGAGCGUCAAAACAAGUGCAUCUCGCCACUGACGCGCAGACCCCAGGCAAGGAGGAUUCAGGGAGCCGAUUUUUACGGUUUUGGUUUGGACUGGUGAUCCAACAGCUCUACUAUGGAUUUAAAUGACAGCACGUCUCUGGCUGAGCUGAUGAGCCGGUAUGUGUCUACAGAAACAGGAUUUGGUGUUCCAAAGGAUGGCUGGCGGAUAUGCUUGGCACACGAGUUCAAAGAGAAGCGGAAACCAUUUCAAGCCAAAGAUGUCUCAUUGACCAACAUGAUCGAGCAUGUUUCUUUAGGGGUCAGGUAUCUGAGAUGGUGGUACAGAAAGACCCAGGUUGAGAAGAAGGCUCCUUUUAUUGAUAUGUUUCGGGCUUUACCACUGAGACAAAUUUAUGGUGCUCCUCUUGGUGGCAUUGGCGGAGGCAGUAUCACGCGUGGAUGGAGGGGAGAUUUCUGCCGGUGGCAACUAAAUCCUGGAAUGUACCACUACAAAACCGUUAUUGCUAACCAGUUUACAGUGUGUCUGCGCAGGUGUGAUCAGACAGUAUACCAGCAGGUGUUGUCUAUGGAGCGACCCCCGACUCUUCAGGGUUGGAACUGGGGUUAUUGUGGUGAAUACGCCUUUUACCAUGCUCUGUACCCACGAGCCUGGACCGUCUACCACCUGCCUGGCCAGAAUGUCACUCUCACCUGCAGGCAGGUGUCACCUGUCAUCCCUCACGACUACAAGGACUCCAGUCUUCCUGUGGCUGUGUUUGUGUGGGACAUUGAGAAUAAGAAUGACUACGCACUUGAUGUUUCCAUCAUGUUCACGAUGGUUAAUGGGUCUGGCCAUAAAGACGAUAAGAGUGGGGGCCACUGGAAUGAGCCAUUUCACCUGGAAAAAGAUGGAGAAUCUGUGUCUGGGGUGUUACUACAUCACCAGAUGCCUGUCAACCCUUACACUCUGUGUAUAGCUGCAAGAGAAAAGUCUGGCCAAGAGAUCAGUCACCAGACGGCGUUUAGCCCAAAGGGAACCUGUAGUGCUCUGUGGAGUGACCUCAUGACUGAUGGACGGCUCGACUCACCUAAGGACUCCAGCCCACCCACACAGAAAGGGGAGGAAGUGGCGGCAGCCCUGGCUGUGAGCUGCUCGGUGCCUGCUAACAGUCACAACAGUGUGGAGUUCAGUUUGGCCUGGGAUAUGCCAAAAAUCACAUUUGGCUCCAGAGAGAGAAUAUAUGAAAGGAGAUACACACAUUAUUAUGGCACCAAAGGAGAUGCUGCCCCGUCUCUGUCUCACUACGCACUCACACACUACAGUAAAUGGGAGGAGAGCAUUGAUGAGUGGCAGAGGCCGAUUCUACAGGAUGGGUCUCUUCCGGCUUGGUAUAAGUCCGCUCUGUUUAAUGAGCUGUACUUUGUUGUGGAUGGUGGAACCGUGUGGGUGGAGCUUCCAGAGGACGCUGACAUCAGCGGUGGGCUUCGUCCUGAGGAUGGGGGGCUUCCAGCCCAGCCUGAAGUUGUCAAGGAUUACGGCCGUUUCGCUUACCUAGAGGGUCAGGAGUACAGGAUGUAUAACACAUAUGAUGUGCACUUCUAUGCUUCAUUCGCUCUCAUCAUGCUCUGGCCCAAGCUGGCUCUGAGUGUGCAGUAUGAUAUUGCUGGUAGUGUCGUUCAACACGAUCCUACAGAGAGGUUAAAUCUAAUGAAUGGCCGAUACUCACCAGUCAAGACCCGGGGUGUUGUACCUCACGACAUUGGAGACCCUGAUGAUGAGCCAUGGGUUCGUGCCAAUGCAUACAUGAUCCACGAUACAGCUGACUGGAAGGAUCUGAACUUGAAGUUUGUGCUGCAGGUGUACCGAGACUAUUACCUGACCCAGGAUGAGCAGUAUCUGAAGGAUAUGUGGCCCAUAUGCCAGACAGUUAUGGAAACGGAGUUGAAAUUUGAUAAGGAUGGUGAUGGGCUGAUAGAAAAUUCUGGCUAUGCAGACCAGACAUAUGAUGGAUGGAAGGUGACAGGACCCAGUGCAUACUGUGGUGGUCUGUGGCUGGCGUCAGUGUGCAUGAUGUGUAAAAUGGCACGUGUGCUGAAUUGCGAGUCUGUUUAUCAACGCUACAGAGAUAUUUUGGAGAGAGGAAGAGCAGCCUUUGACAAACUCCUGUGGAAUGGCAAAUACUACAACUAUGACAGCAGUGGACAGAGCAUGUCUAAUAGUGUAAUGUCAGACCAGUGUGCAGGCCAUUGGUUUCUCAGGGCAUCUGGACUUGGGUACGAUGACUACCAGGCUUUUCCCAAGGAGAAAAUCUGUAGUGCGCUGAAGUCAGUGUUUGACCUCAAUGUUAUGAGCUUUUCAGACGGGCAGAUGGGUGCGGUGAAUGGGAUGAGGCCAGAGGGUGUGCCUGAUCGUUCCAGUGUCCAGUCAGAUGAGGUGUGGGUGGGAGUAGUGUACGGAUUAGCAGCUACAAUGAUACAUGAGGGCAUGAUAGAAGAGGGAAUGCACACUGCUGAAGGCUGUUACCGCGCUGUAUGGGAGCGAAUGGGAAUGGCCUUCCAGACUCCUGAAGCAUACUGUGAGAAAGGCAUUUACCGCUCUCUCGCUUAUAUGAGGCCUUUGAGCAUCUGGGCAAUGCAGCUUGCACUAAACAAUAGACCAAACCAUGGCAAAACCACUGAUAAAGAUGUGGGACAGGACUGAGCUGGAGCCUUAUACAUGUGCUAAAGGGAACUUGUGCUGUUGAGCCUCCAUAAUGAAGUGACCUCUUAGUUUUAAAAGACCGCAAAGAACUUUGGAGAUAAUGUCAUCAUGCAUGAGCUGUCGGUUCACACAGAACCUUAAUUUCCAGUUAUUUUGUAAAACUGACAUUUCCACUAAAAAUGUGCAUAAGCUUUACCACAGUCCUAUGUAGCAGCUAUAAAUCAUAGUUUUACAAAUGGGAGUGUAAAGGCUUGGUCUCAGUGAACUGACAUACUAUUCAUUAUGAUAUUGGAUUUAGGGUCAUUGAUCUUUGGGAAUCAAUAAGUUAGAGCAUGAUUCUAUAUAAUUUUCACUGUAUAGGUUCACAGUAUAAUUCUGAUUCUGAUUCUAUAUUUUUAUUUCUAUUAUGGGAAUGAUCUAUAGAGUACUUGAAGAAAGAACUGCUGGUUCUCUCUCUCUCUCUCUCUCUCUCUC